GGCUCCGAGCAGCAGCAGCAGCAGCAGCAGCAGCAGCCGCCGCGGCCGCCGAGGGGUUUCUCUGGCCAGUGUUGAGUACACCAGCCUGCAAGCAUGGGAAAUAUUUUCGCUAACCUCUUCAAGGGCCUUUUUGGCAAAAAAGAAAUGCGCAUUCUCAUGGUUGGCCUGGACGCUGCCGGAAAGACUACUAUUUUAUACAAGCUGAAACUUGGUGAAAUAGUAACUACUAUUCCCACUAUAGGUUUCAACGUGGAAACUGUAGAGUACAAAAACAUCAGCUUCACCGUGUGGGACGUGGGUGGCCAGGAAAAGAUCUGGCCUCUGUGGCGCCACUACUUCCAGAACACACAAGGUCUGAUCUUUGUGGUCGAAAGCAAUGACCGAGAGCGUGUGAAUGAGGCCCGCGAGGAGCUCAUGAGGAUGUUGGCUGAAGAUGAGCUCAGGGAUGCUGUCUUACUGGUGUUCGCUAACAAGCAGGAUCUCCCCAAUGCUAUGAACGCUGCUGAAAUCACAGAUAAACUGGGAUUGCAUUCUCUGCGCCACAGAAACUGGUACAUUCAGGCCACCUGUGCCACCAGUGGGGACGGGCUGUACGAAGGACUGGACUGGCUGUCCAAUCAGCUCCGAAACCAGAAGUGAACCAAGACCGUGUCCUCCCCUCUCCCUCCUCUCCCUCUUCCUUCCUCCUCUUCGCCCUCCGCUUUACUCUCAUGUGGAAAACUGUGCUACUCUGUGGUAUUGAGUGCCAGAAGCUGUUUCCAUGGGUUUUGGUCACAGUAUGUAUUGCACCAUGCUGUAAAUGUGGCAGACGCAGCCUGCAAACAGGUUUUUUAUUUAAUGUAAAUAGUUUUUGUUUCCAAUGAGGCAGUUUCUGGUACUCCUAUGCAAUAUUACUCAGCUUUUUUUAUUGUAAAAAAAAAAAAAAAAGGAAAAUCAACUCACUGUUUAGUACUGAGAAGGGAUUUCAGGUGCCCUGGCACCUGGGCUUCCGGGGGUUACUGUGUUGGAAGAGCUGAGAGCGCCUCUGCUUGGCUUUAGACCUAUGUUGAGAUCCAUUUUGGAGGUUGGUUUUUAACCCAAACUCAGUGCAUUUUUUAAACUAGUUAAAAAAAAAAAGAUAAGGAGAACACUUGAACACACAGAAGGGAGAAAUAUGCCUAGUGUAGGUUUUGCAGUAACAACGUGAAUACUAG